CCGUGGCUGCUCUCCUCCCCGCUUCCCGCCAUGGACCUCGACGACCUCCAUCCAGCCGACGACUAUAGCCAUCGUUUUUUCAUCUGGCACGAGUGGAUCCAGGCAAAUGGCCCGUUAACAACCGAAACGGUGUUCGAUUACUUUGCUACAUCCAUGUUUUACGACAAACAAAGCAACAAUCAGGUUCUUCGCAUGCAAACCAUGCAUACAGGCCAGCCAAUCUUGAACGAGGCAGAAGAGCUCAAGCGCUUCACAGGCAUCGAGUUCGCACUCGUACACGCCCAGCCCCCAUCCUUGUUUAUCAUUCACAAGCGCGAGCGCCUUUCACCCGAAGAAGUCCGCCCGUUGGCGGCAUAUUUUAUCAUAAACAACCGGAUAUACCAAUCGCCUGACCUAUAUACCGUGAUCUCCAAUCGUCUUCUCACUAGCUUGCAUGCAGUGCAAUCUUCUCUCGAUGUACUCCGGACAAACAGACCGGACUUCACCCCUCGAACAGGCUUCAUCUGGCCGAUUGUCGAUGCCCCAGCCACAGAUUCAGUCACAAAGAAGCGGGGAACUGAAGAUACCCGAGAAACUGCGAAUGAGUCCUCCGAUUCCUUUCGCGCCGCAACAAAUCAGGAGGACUUGAAGCAACAAAAGAGCGGUGUGGUAACAUCUGGAGGUACCCAUGUAAAAAAACUGGAGAACAUAAUCCCUCUUUUGAAUGCAAUGCGCACGACCGCAGCACACACUACCGCAUCUUUCGCGGCCCGAGAAGCAUCUGAAGCUAAUGCAGCCUCGGUGUCUAUGCAUGAAACACCACGAGCAUCCUCAACUCCGGGUCCGACACAAUCGACUCGGGAAGAAACACCAAUAUCAUCCCUGGCAGGUAGAUUCUUCCAACAGCCUCCGCCUGAUACUGCAGGCUCUACCUUGUCAAGGCCUUCUACUGCAGGAGGCAAGAAAAAGAAGAAACGUAUGUCAAGUGCUGCAACUGAUGCAGUCCCUUCCGGAUAAACGCAUCACAAUAUUUCCAAUUGCAUUUGGGGUUGAGACCUGCCAGUUGAAACCCCUGGUAACUAUGUCUAGUGGAAACAUGUUUCUCACCCAACACAGUAUUGAAUUGAUUCUGGGUCUUGUGGGCUAGUCAUCAGCGAAUCCGCGGUCAUUGGAACAAACCCGAAAAGGCCUAGCAUUUCGCUUCAUUCCGUUCUAGUGGUUUUCCGAAGUCGUAGUCGUAGUUUGUGCGGGAGUAGCACGAAACAAUAAUAUUGUAUACAUGUAUGGAACAACAUCAUUCAUAUCAAUUUUGCAUAGGGAUUCUUGAUACGGC